CCAACUUGAGAUUGGAAGUUGCAACUUCACAUGCAGACAAAUUAACUCUGGCACACAACAUCGAGAGACACGAUCGAGCAGCAGCAAAUGGGUAGGAAGCCUUGUUGUUCAAAAGAGGAGGGACUUAAUAGAGGAACUUGGACAGCCACUGAAGACAAAAUCCUCAUUGAGUACAUCAAGGCUCACGGUGAAGGAAAAUGGAGAAGCAUUCCUAAGGCAGCUGGUUUAAAGAGAUGUGGGAAGAGUUGCAGACUUCGUUGGCUGAAUUAUUUGAGACCUGAUAUCAAGAGAGGCAACAUUACACGUGAUGAAGAAGAUCUCAUCAUCAGACUCCACAAACUCUUAGGCAACAGAUGGUCUCUGAUAGCGGGAAGACUUCCAGGCCGAACAGACAAUGAAAUCAAGAAUCAUUGGAACAGCGUUUUAUCAAAGAGGGCCCAAGUGAAAGAAUUCGAUCCUACCACUAAAGAUGAAAAGAAACAAAGAUUCAUCAGCUGUUCCAGGAAGGCCCCAACAAGUUCUGGUGUUAUCCAAGGUAACGCAGGGCGUUGCACUAAGGUCUCUUUCAGCCCGCAACAGAAAGUAAUCGGAGAAGAUGACAGCAAUACUAUUGUCCAUACAGCUCCAUCCAUGGACGUUGAGUUAGUGCAUGAAACUGCUGUAGCAUCUGGAUCCAGUGAUGGGUCAUUUACAUUGCUGUCGUCCAAGGAAGAAAAUCCUUCUAUAUCAAGGUUUGCUAUGGAUUUUGGCAUUGGGGAAAGCAGCAUUUCAGAAACUCUUGCUUCUGACUUUUCACAGCUUAGUGACUUUGAUUUUUGUGAUACAAACACUGUGAUAUAUGAAUACGGGACAAAAGAUAACGGCCAAGCACUUUUGUCACCGGAGGGAAUGGUGGGAAAUUGGAGCGGCAAUGAUUGCGUUGACGCUAACUGGGAUUCAGAUCUUGGAUAUUUGGCUGCUUUUCUUGAGUCCACUGGAGACUUAACCAUCUGAUUACAUUGUUGGGAAUUCAAAUUGGAUUUUGAACUUUUCUUAGAUAUUGCAUGUAUUUGACACGAUUUUUAUGAUCGUUUGUCUAUUUUCGUACAGUCCAAUGUACUGUGAAGCCCAUGCCGUCCGGCUUGUUUACUAGUGUAGAAACAAGAGCAUCUCAGUGCACCAAAAA